CAUUUUCAUUGAAGAAAUGGACAAUCAAGUCAAUUUGAGCCAACUUGUUGUAAAACAUGUCUUCUUUUGCUGAACAAUAUCAAGAGCUUCUUGGGUCUGCCAAAACCAAGGCAGGAGGAAGAUGGAGAGCUCCACGGAAAAAAACAGAGGAGACACAGGAAGAUGGAGAAGAAGCUGACAGAAUUGUAGAAGAUGCACUAGAAAGGGAACGGAGGCAAAGGCAAGCUUCCGAACUACCUCCAGGAGAAAGGGACGAACAAACAGGUUCUUCUUAUACAGUGCAAGAAAUGAAGAACAAGGCAAAGACUAGUGCCAAGGAAGGUGCAGAAAGUGCCCGUCAUGCACGCAAAAUGGCAGAAGAAGCGAGAUAUAUCGGUAUAGAGACUGCGCAACAACUUGGAAAACAAACGGAACAACUUGAAAACGCUCAAAACGAUGUGGAAAAUAUUCACUCCAACUUGGGAGACGCGGAAGCUGUUACUUAUGAGUUACAGGGUGGCUUUUGGGGAGACGUUAUUCCAUUUAGGAAGCCUUUUUCUGCUUAUGAAAGAGCUGGAAGUGCUACUGUCGAAAGAGACAGUGAAGCAGCCAGAAGAGGAGUCGGUGGUGUUGAUUUGUCUGCCAUGAAGAAAGGAAAAAGCAGUACAGCCGCUAUUCCAAAGGACCCUCAAAUUGCUUUGAGACAGAAGAAAGACGCGGACGAAGCGAAUGCGACCAAAAGCCCUGAGAAAAGUUCAGACAAGGGAAAGUUCAAAGGAAUGGUUUCAAAACUGACUCAAAAAUUUAAAAGCAACUCUUUAUCUGACUCAAAAAAGACGGAAAAUCAUAAGGAGAAAGUUUCACAAAAGAACGUUGAAACAACAGCUACCGGUACAGGUAAUAUUCAAUGGAACGAGAAUGUGAUAAAGAAUGCAGUCGAAGACCCUGAAAAACAGAGAGAUGCACUUCUCAAAGCAAAAAGUACCUCCAAGAAGAGUUCCAAGUCAAACGGAACUUCUUCCACAGGUAAUGGCAAUGAAGAGGGAGAAGAUGACGACGAUUUUGCGCCAAGUAUUGAGAGUUAUCUUGAUAAGCAAGACUUGGAGCUGGAUAGAAUAAGCAUGGCGUUGAGUGAUAUGAAAGAUAUUGCUAUUCGAAUGAAUGAAGAAAUGAAAUAUCAAGAACAAGUCAUUGACGAACUUGUAGUUAAUACGGAGGAUGCAUCAUUUAGACUUCGUGGUGAUUUGAAGAAAGUGAAGCGAAUUCACUGAGUUGACUUGAUAAAUAAUUUUCAACUGUA